CUAGCUGCCCCUGCCUUACACACUGUUGUGGAUUUAACCAUUUAGUAGGUUCUGUCUUCCUUCCUUCCUUUUACUCAUUAUUAUAAAAACCUCUCUUUCUCUCUCUGUCUCUCUUUAGUUUCCUCAUUCGGAUAUGGAGAUAACGCCGAAGAGGUACUGGCGGAGGUGGAGAGGAUACGAGAAGCUCGACGAUGGAUCGUCAUCAGAGAAGAAUCCGGGACGAAGGACAAGGAAACGGGUCAAAAUGGAUCCGACCAGAAGAAAGAAACGGUUUUGGAGGAUCAAGAUUGGUCCGAAACUGAGGAUCCUCAGAAAGGCGUCGCCGAAGAAGUUUCUGGUGUGGCUGCGUGAUUCUUACGUGAAGAUGAUGCUGCGUUUGGCUAACUCACGGGUCGUCGGAUCAUCAUCUGCAUACGGUGGAUCCGGAUUCGGGUCGGUGCCAGCGAAGGAGUAUGACGAGAAGAUGCUAGUGGAGAUUUACAAGUCGAUAUUGAUGGCACAGGCGCAGGGGAAUCUCGUGCUCCGCGACACACCUAAUAAUACUAAGCUCGCUUCUGAACCAGCGGUUGUCCCUGUCUCUUCUUCUUCUUCUUCUUCUGUUGUUUCUUCUUGUUAGGUUUUAUUAUAUAAAUUACAAUACAAACAAUUCUCUCCUUCCUUAUAUUAUUUCCAACAAAGAAUCCUGAAUUGUUGACUUGUUUGAUGCUAUUUACUAUUUCGAGAUUGAUGAUAGACUGAAGUUGUGCUUUUGAUCUG